UUCGUUCCAUCAGCCUGUUGUUUUCAUGUUUUCACAUGAACAUUUUAUCGUUCAAGGUACUCCUUUUAUUUUACAGUAAGAGAGAACUGAACCGUGAGAACUUAUCCACACAAACAUUGAUCUGAACAAUGUCUCACAUGAUGAGGUCAGAAUGUGCAUCUUUCCACGUGUGUGGGGUGAUACUGCUGGGCCUGUGGUGCUCCUCUGUGCUGGAAGCUGGAAGCUGGUACCCCAAAACCCUACCCUGUGACGUCACCCUGGUCAGCAACAACACCAUGGUCAACGUAGAUUGCACUGAGAGAGGACUUCUAGAGGUCCCAAAGGACAUCCCCAGAAACACCACCAACCUGACCCUCACCAUCAACCACAUCCCUCACAUUAACUCAACGUCCUUCCAGGGCCUGGAGAACCUCACCGAGAUCGACAUGCGCUGUAACUGCGUGCCCAUCAAGAUCGGCCCCAAGGACCGCAUGUGCACAGAGAGUGUGACUAUCAAGACGAACACCUUCAAAGACCUGAGGAAUCUGAAGGCUCUGUAUUUGGAUGGGAAUCAGCUUUCCACCAUCCCAAAGGGUCUCCCUCCGAACCUCAUUCUGCUCAGUCUAGAGGUGAAUAAAAUAUAUACCAUUCUGAAGAGGAACCUCUCUGACAUCACUAACGUACAGAUUCUUUACCUGGGUCAAAAUUGUUACUAUCGUAAUCCAUGUAAUGUUUCCUAUCAAAUUGAGGAGGGAGCAUUUUUACAGCUUGGUAACAUGACUCUCCUAUCCCUCAAGUCAAAUAAUUUAUCCUACAUUCCCCCAAGAUUACCGACAAGUCUCAGAGAGUUGUAUCUCUAUAAUAACAAGAUUGAAAUGGUUACUGACAAAGAUUUUCAUAACCUAACCCAAUUGGAGAUACUUGACCUGAGCGGAAACUGCCCACGCUGUUACAAUGCACCGUUUCCUUGUAUUCCAUGUCCUAACAAUUCACUUCAGAUAGACAAAAACACCUUUAAAACGUUGAGCAAACUGAGGAUACUACGCCUGCAUAGUAACUCCCUCACGUAUGUGCUUAGAGAGUGGUUUCAGAACUGUAAAGAGCUGCGAGUACUUGAUCUCUCAACCAACUUUUUAGCUCGAGAGAUAGCAUUUACUUACUUCCCACGAGCUCUACCCAACCUGGAAGAACUGGACCUGUCUUUUAACUACGAGCUGCAGAGGUAUCCAGCUACACUGCACCUUAGUUCCUCAUUUUCCUCCCUGAAAUCCUUGAAAGUACUCCGCAUCAGGGCCUUCGUCUUCCAGCAACUCACCCUCGAAGACAUCAGCCCACUGAUUCAUCUAAAGAACCUGGAGGUCAUUGACUUGGGCACCAACUUCAUCAAAAUAACCAACCUCAGCAUUCUAAUGGAACUGAAAAGCUUCAAAAUAAUAAAUUUAUCUGACAACAAAAUAUCAUCCCCCUCUGAAAGUGGUCAGUCUGUUGCCUUUUCAGGAGGACAAGCCAUACAUGGCUCCCCAAUGUCAGAUUCUGGGCAUAACAGCAAUGGAGAAGUGAGAGAGAUUCAUUAUUUUAGAUACGAUGAGUACGCUCGCAGCUGCAAAUACAAGGACAAGGAGGAUGGGACGCUGAAUUCAUUCGUCAAUACCCAGUGUAGCAAGUUUGGAAAAACCCUGGAUAUCAGCAGGAAUAAUAUAUUUUUCCUUCACUCCAGAUUCUUGAACCUUGCUGACCUUAGAUGCCUAAAUCUCUCUGGAAAUGCAAUGAGCCAAAGUCUAAAUGGUUCUGAGUUUACUUUCCUCACUAACUUACAGUAUCUUGACUUCUCAUUCAAUCGUCUGGACCUUCUCUAUUCCACAGCGUUUCAGGAACUGAGAAGUUUAGUUAUCUUAGACAUAAGCAACAACAAUCAUUACUUUGAAUCAGAGGGUUUGACCCACAUGCUUAAUUUCACAAAAAAUUUGACCAAUCUGACGAGAUUACUAAUGAACUAUAAUAAGAUUUCUACAUCCACCAACACAGAGCUGGAGAGUCUCUCUCUGGAGGAGUUAGAGUUCAAAGGUAACCGUUUAGAUAUGCUUUGGAGAGAUGGUGAUACAAGAUACAUCGACUACUUCAAAAAACUGCUAAAUCUGAGGGUCCUAGACAUCUCUCACAACAACCUCAACUUCAUCCCUCAGCAAGUCUUCCAAGGCCUGCCAGACAAACUCACUCAUCUCUACAUCAACAACAACAGAUUGAAGAUAUUUAGUUGGGAGAAGCUGAUUAUUCUUCAGUACUUAGAGGUCUUAGAUCUCAGUAGUAAUAGCAUAUCAACAGUUCCCCCAGAGCUCUCCAACUGCACCAAAUCUCUCAAGACUCUCCUCUUACGCAGAAAUCAAAUAUCCAAACUCUCUGCGUAUUUCCUCAAGGACGCCUUUAGUUUGAAGAAUCUGGAUCUCAGCUUCAAUAACAUUCAAAACAUUGAGCAGACCAGCAUCCCUGAUGAUGUUGUCGAUCAAAUGGACACGUUAGUCCUGAACAACAACAAGUUCAUGUGCAACUGUAACGCCCUCAUGUUUGUGAUGUGGCUGAACCGCACCAUGGUGAACAUCCCCAGACUGGCCACCGCUGUGAUUUGUGCUGCUCCAGGAGCCCAGAGGGGUCAUCCGGUCAUCUCCCUGGACCUAGAACUGCAGGCCUGCCAGCAUAACUACCUAUCCAUCAUCCUUUACAUCCUCCUCACAUCCCUGGUGCUCAGCUUCACCGCCCUCUCCAUCUCCAGCCACCUCUUCCUCUGGGACGUGUGGUACCUCUACCACUUCCUCCUGGCCAAGUUCAAAGGCUACAGACGCCUGUCCUCGCCGAGCACUGCCUACGACGCCUUCGUGGUAUACGACAAGAAGGACCCGGAGGUAUCUGAGUGGGUGCUGAAGGAGCUGCUUGUUCAGCUGGAGGACCAAGGGGACCACCCCUUACAGCUGUGUCUAGAGGAACGAGACUGGAUCCCUGGCUGCCCCCUGAUCGACAACCUGUCCCAGAGCAUUCACCAGAGCAAGAGGACCGUGUUCAUACUGACGAACAAGUACAUCAAGAGCGGGGACUUCAAGACCGCAUUCUACAUGGCCCAUCAGCGACUUAUGGAUGAGAGAGAUGAUGUGAUUGUCUUGAUUUUCCUGGAAAAAGUCCCCAGUCACUCAAAAUACCUGAGACUCAGGAAGAGGUUGUAUAGGCGGUCAGUGAUGGAGUGGCCAACAAAUCCUCAAGCACAGCAAUACUUUUGGUUUAGCCUAAGGAGUGUACUGGUAACAGACAGUCAAAAACAAUACAGUAAUCUCUUCAAGGAGACUCUUUGAAAAAGGACGAACACAAUGAUUUUUCGCCAUUUGUUAAGAAUGCUUAGCAUUGUCCUUUUUUGUGAUUGUGUAAUGAUUGUGUAAUCAUUGGGUAAUGUCAUUAAUGACAAAAAGAGGGAAGCAAACCAAUGGAGAACUUCCUCAAUUAAUCUAUGAAGAUUCUGUUUGAUUUAGCUCAGAUGGUGGGAUGGGAAUCUGUGGUGUCAGACAGCCAGAGACACUCAAAAACAAUACCGUAAUCUCUUCAAGAAGAUUCUUUGAAAUGUUACACUUAGAAUAUACCUUACCCACUGGGCACACAC